AAAGAAUAAUCGAACACGAGUCAAAUUGAAAAUAACACCGUUCCGUCGUGCGGGACGUAGUACCUGCGUGCAGUAAAUGCGUUUCGGCGUCAUAGCGUGAAAAAAGUCGGAUUGUGCAAUUCAGAACACGCAUCGUGCGGAGUAGUGCGUGCGAAACCGUGACAGAGAAAAAGUCGUAACCUUUCUAUGAAAGUGCAAACUCCGAAGGGUGUUACAUCCACGCGGAACUUGUGAAGCUUUUUUUUUUUUCCUUUUCCUAGAUCACUCUGAAAUAAAUAACACGUUCUCUCGCAUACACUCGCGUGCGCGCACAUACUAACGCACGCCGAUAAAAAAGUCGUCCAGAGCAAACUGUGCGGAAAGUCCUUCGUUCCUCUUCCAACCUUCCGGCCGUAUCGAACAUCCUGCCCGCGGAGCGCGAGUGAAAAUCGGUGGUGAAAAUUACACCUAUUCAAUUCUUCCUCCAACAGAGGCCCACUUGCUCUCCGCCCCGGAAUCCCCCCGGGGGGUGGUUGCACACACUACUUGAAAAGUGAACUGAAUUGGAGGCUUUGCGCUGCCACGAAAACUGCAAACGCAACCGAGCAGCAUCGCACAUUACCAUUUGCAGUUCAGAAUCAGGAAUCUAAGGUUAAGAAUCCUCAUCACACAGCCGCUCGAAAAGUUCCAUACCCUGCCGAGAUCCAUAGUACAAAGAAGCGAAUCAAAAGUCUUUCGACGUGCGGUGCUGAAAACACUCGAAGAACAACAUUGGAACCUGUUUUCGGUGCCUCGGUAGCAUCGCAUCGUGUAGGCUAAGAAAAAAAAGAGCUAAGGACAGUUCUUGAACGCAGGCCUACAAGCAUCUAUCGGUCGUGCAAUUCGCCAUGGAGCAACCGAGCAAUGUAGGGGGCUGGCGUCCAUCAGCCGGGGACAACUUCGAGGCGGUUCGAACGCCGAAGUUGUUCAAUCUGUCCCCGACCGCGCAAGAAUUCGUGCCCAAGUCUGGAAUUCGCCAGCAGCAGCAGCAGCAGCCCAACGCGUACCAGGGCUACCAGCAGCAGAUGGACAUGCACCAGCCACAAUCGUCCCUGGUUAACCAUCGUUUUGCCGCGGCACAGGGAAGUGUUGAACCGGGUGGCGGCGGUGGUGGUGGUGGAUUCGACUACCAGCAGCAGCAGAUGGGGCACCACCUCGGCGGUAACAACGGGGCCAUGGCGAACGGUAGUAACGAUCCGUGCAAAAUAUCGUCGCUCCAGAACCGGCUGAGCAAUGUGCGAAUCAGUGGUGCCGGUGGCGGCGGCGGGAGCAACAAUGGCAAGGACUUCAACCACCAUCAGCACCAUCAGCAACCAAUGCAACCGCAUCACCUUCAGCAGCACCGUGUCCAGCAGCAGCAGCAGCAGCAGCCGUACCAGCAGCACCAAGGUCACCAUGGGCACAACCAUCACCAGCCGCCCCAUGCGCAGCAGCUGCAUCAACCGUAUCCCUAUGGCGUGGGCUACUCGAACGCGAUUAACAACCAGCUGAACCAUCCGAUCCUCGGCGCCGCCAACCAUCAUCUGGGCGGUGGCGGGGGUGGCGGUGGAAUGGGCGACAAUCGGAAGCACAACAAUGGCGGUGGCGGUGGUCAGCAGCAUCACCAUCGUUCUCGGCAACAACAGCAUCAGCACCAACAUCACCACCAGCAGCAUCAUCAUCAGGGAUCGCACCACCAUCAGGGUGGUGGUGGUGGUGGUGGCGGGGGUGGCCACGGAAUGAUGGGCGGUGGUGGUAUGGGGCCGAUGGCUGGCGGUGGCGUUGCGAACGUUGCUGCCGGUGGGGACUACAACGACGAUGAGCAGUCGUUCGAUGUCCAGUCCUUCGCCCUGGACUAUCUAACCGAGGUGAUUGCCGAGCUGUACGACAAUCCCGGCAUGUUCGAAGAAGUCAAGCAGAAGCUCUCGACCAUGUUCGCGGACUUUCGCGACGACAACUACGUGCUAAGCAUGGCUGUCGAAAUGAUCUUCGAACAGUCAAUCAAGGAAUCGAACUUCCGUUACAUGGGUGCACGCUUGUGUCAACUGCUGGACAGUUUAGACGAUAGGCUGGAAAGCCUGAUGCGGCAGCUGUUGCGGCUUAAGAUGGAGGAUCAGCAGAACGAGCUGCCGAACUAUAUGAAGCAGGAGCAGGUCAAGGUGCGCGGCACCACGCUCUUCCUGGCCGAGUUGUACAUGCAGCUAAGGAGUCCGCAUCACAAGCUGGGUGAGGAUAUUGCAAGGCACAUCAUCAACGCGAUUGACAUCCUGCUAAACAAGGAAGGACCCGAAAACAUUAAGUGUGUCUGCCAAUGUCUGAAGCUGUGCGGUUUCGAACUGGAACAAGACUGUUCUGCGGAUGUGAACAGAAUUCUGGAAAAGCUGGUAGCUAUAAGCCGAUCCAUCCAAUCUUCGGUGAGCAAUCUCAUCAAGUCGGUGCUGGAUCUGCACAAAAAGUCCUGGGGCCGCAGCGACGAACUAGCAAUGCCCGUAGCGCCUGUGCCAGCCAUGCCGAAUACGAUGGGAGUCUCCACAGUCCUAGCGAUGGGCGGUGUUGGUGCCCACGAUUACAACGAUAGCCCCGUGUUCUAUGGGCCCGACGGCAAGAUCCUAACCGAGGAGGAAAACUCGUUCCUGGAAACCAACAUGGUCAACAAGCAGAAUCCCGCCUACAACGGUUACGACGAUGACGACGAUGUGUUCGCGCUGAUUGACGAAACGGACCCGGAGGUGCGUUUGGCCUUCAAGGAUUUCGUUCAGAGCAGCAAUGCCUCGAACCGACCGCCUCAUCAGCAUUAGCUGUGUCUCAGCUCGUAGGGCUGCUGUCCGGUCCUUGGGCAUUCGCACCGCAUUCCCCGACUCGCCUGAUCCCCCAAACCCGAAGAAUGGAGUUCAACGUUUGUUCGCGUGUUGAUCUCCAACACCAGCUCAAGUCGUACAUCACCAGCAACCAACGAGCCGGGGAAGAAGGUGCAAUGCAGCAAAACGAAUGCAGCAGCAGCGGAACAUGAAAGAUACAGAUCUUACUGAAAACAAUAUCCAACUACAACUCUACACUUAAACAUUCAAAUUGUCGAUAGAAUAGAGUGAAACGAAAAAGAAAAGAAACAGAACCUAGCAAACAAUGAGAAUGAAACAAACAAAAAAAAACUCCAGAGGACGUUAGAGCAGUAGAGACGAAAGCGAAAUUAAAGUAUAAAAAAAAAACAACCGAAGCCGAUAACAAUUACGAGAGAUAAUUAAGAAAAACCUAAUGAACAAUGGCACCGGUAUGGCAACGUAUGUGACCGAAGGAAUGCAUUUUAAAGUGGCUCAAACAGUGAUUGUAACAUUUGAUUUGCUCUGUACGUUUUGUUUUGUUUUUCCAUUUCAAAGUGUAUGAUUUUAAAACAGUGUAUAGAUUAAAUUAUAGCAUUAUGAAAUAAAAAAAAAACAACAAAUAUACAUUAAAAAGAGUAGAAACAGCGUGCAGUAUAAUAGUAGGGGUAUCUAACGGAACACAUUUGCACGUACUUCGCGAAGCCUUCCACCGCUAGCGAGCAGAGUUAAAGAAAAGCAGGGCAAUAGAAAUGAUAAAGCCUAGCUUGCAGAACGCGAACAGGAAAACAAACUGCCACUUACGAAGCAAACAGUAAGUUCUAUCGGAUCUCAUACUCUCUCCCUCCUUUCGCUCUUCCCAUGCAAUAGCAAUUGUUAGGAUAUUUUUGUGAUUUUGUAUUUCUCUGUCACUUCACGUUUAGCGCCCAAAAGAGUUUCGCUAACUCCAAGGAAAUUUGAUAGUUUUGUUUUAAACCCGUACUAUAUCUCAAACCUGGCGUAACGAUCAUCCCACAAUCCCGGUAAUGCAAUACGAUUAUAUAUUCCUUUUCUAGCCGUUUUGAUGAAGAAAAUGCUUUUUAGAUGCACAAAGUGUU